AUGACCGAGCCUGGCCAAACUCCUAUUCCCGAGGAGCCACCUAACGCAAUCCUGACCGACUCCCACCCGACUCCCGCUCGCGACGCCCGCGAUGACAACCUGGAAGCAUUAGAGCUCCAUGAGAUCCAAACGCGAGAAGACAAUGAACUAGACUACUCAACCCCAUCAGGUUCAUCUGGCGAUGAGAACCACGUGCCCACAUAUCGAACUACGUCUCAAGGGGAUUCCCGGCGGAGACGCGAAGCCCGCAAGGGCCUUUGGAGCCAGAUCUGUCGAUUCUGGACUCGAAAUGUUACUAUAACUGUGCCGCAGAAGAGCAAUCGAGAUCACUUUGGUAUGUUGUACUUUGGACACACUGUUGGCACUCUAGUUGACAUGUUCAAAGCCCUGGAAAGGACGUUCCUUGCGUACAUCCGCACGUCCAUGGUUAUCGCUAUGCAAGGGGUGCUUGUUGCUCAACUUUUCCGUCUGCAACGGCCGUUGGAAAAGGUCCAUCGCCUGUCGUUCUAUCAUGUCGGUAUCCCGCUUGCGGUUGCCUGUCAUUCCGUGGCUGUUGUCGUCGCCUUGAUAGGUUCAUUCCGAUUCUGGAGACAACAAAAUGCUAUUGCUCGUGGGAAAGUUUAUGCUGGGGGGUGGGAAUUAAAUUCAGUGGGGAUUUUACUAUUCCUUGUCAUUGCGGCGACUUUGGUACUUACUGUGAUCAUCUCGAUUGAAACCAAUUUGAGCCCCAGUGCGCUUUCUAGUCGAAUAUCAUGGCCUUGA